GAAGCCACUGCUAAAGAAACAUCUCUCCGGCCCUGUAUAAAUAGAGGAACAAGACUUCCAGCCCAAGAGCCAUAGGACAACAUGAAGGCCUCCCUGUUCCUGCCAGGCUCGCUGGUGCUCCUUCUCCUUGUCCAGCUGCCCCCCUCACAAGGACAGGCCAUCAAUGACCAAGCCCAUCAGUCACAACUCUGCAGAGAAGAUCCCCUCCCACUAGACUGUGAUGACAUUCUUGACCAAGGCUCUGAGACAGAUGGCGUGUACCUCAUUUACCCUGCAGGCCCAAACAUCCCUGUGCCAGUGUACUGCGACAUGACCACCGAUGAUGGGAAAUGGACGGUUUUCCAGAAACGUUUCAAUGGUUCAGUCAGUUUCUUUCGGGGAUGGAAUGACUACAGAUAUGGAUUUGGCAGAGCAGAUGGCGAAUAUUGGCUGGGGCUUCAAAAUAUCCACCUCCUAACCCUUAAGCAGAAGUAUGAGCUACGUGUGGAGCUGGAGGACUUUGAGAACAAUACAGCCUUUGCCAAAUACACAGACUUCUCGCUCUCGCCGAAUGCAAUCAGUGCAGAAGAGGACGGCUACUCGCUACAUGUGUCCGGCUUCACUGAUGGAGGGGCAGGCGACUCGCUGUCCUACCACAGUGGCCAGAAAUUCUCCACGUUUGACCGCGACCAAGAUCUUUAUGUGCAGAACUGUGCGGCCCUCUCUUCAGGUGCCUGGUGGUUCAAGAGCUGCCAUUUUUCCAAUCUCAAUGGCUUCUACCUUGGUGGGGCCCAUCUCUCCUACGCCAAUGGCAUUAACUGGUACCAGUGGAAGGGCUUCUACUAUUCUCUCAAGAGAAGCGAGAUGAAAAUACGACGUGUCUGAGAUGCAACCUGGCCAGAGGCCUUUUCCCAUUCACCACUGCUAUGGCUAAUAGGAUGGAUUUCCAAUUAUUGAUUAUUGUUUUUAAAUAACUAUAUGGUGAGAGGGAAGUGGAUAUGGGAUUGAUUCAGUAAGAACUUGGGUUGUGAUGGAAGUUACGUCUACACUAACAGAUUUAAGCCAGUUUCAAAUUGGUUUAACUGUCAUGUCUAAAAACUAAGAUCUAGAUCUGGGGUGGGUAAUCUCAAAAGCCCUCCACAAGCAAUGAGUUUAAACCUCUGGCAAGAGUGAUCUGACCCUCCUGUAGCAAUGGGCUGGGUGGGGAGAGGAAAGGGCAGAGAGAAAAAGGUGACCUGCCCACUUUUGGCUCUCAUCCUUCCCACUGCUGGCUUUGGUCUCACCUGUUACUAGCUCACGAACCCUGACAAAUUAUCUCUGAGGGAAUGUGGCCCAUAAUAUAAAAAAGGGCUCGCUACCUCCUCAACUCCAGCAUCAUCAGGGAUGCGGAUGGUCCUCAGGAUGGUCCAUUGGUGCCACCACUACUGAUGGUCCUCCUGCCACCUCCUCCAGGAUGGGUCAUUUUGCUUACCCAGUAGUAGUGGUGGUGGUGCACAUACAUCCACACCUAACCUCCUUCUCCUCCUUCAUGUGGGUGGGCUGCUGACGUGGCAGCAUAACUGGCUAGAAGGGGACAGAGAAGGCACUCAGCUUGCAGCAGGGUUGGGUGUCCACCAUUUUAACUCCACAAUGUAAUGCCCAACCCUAAGUGUUGCAUAUGGGGCAUUAAUAAAAUGGCUGGCUCCUGGUUCUAGCCAAUUAUGCUACUGCAGCAGCCUGCCUGGAGGAGGCCAGCACUGGAAGCUGCAUGAGCACCACUGGGUGAGUUGCCCACCUUGAGUAGGAUCCUGGCAUUGGAAGAUAUAAUGUGAGGGCCAAAUCAGCAGAGUCUUGUUGCUGGCAGUAUGCGGAGUUCCCACCCACACCUAGCAUUAGUCCUCCCAUUCCCAAUCUAGAUAAAUUCCUUAAUAAAUGUGCAACAAUCUGAGAAAGCUGUAAUUCCCAAGGUUCUUUCUACUGGCAGAGAUGGACAAUUUGUGGCCCUCCAGAUGUUUUGGUCUACAAGUCAGCCCUAGCUAGCAUAGCCAAUUGAGGGCUAGUGGCAGUGGUAGGCCAAAACAUCUGGAGGGCCACCAGUUGCCCGCUCCUUCUCUAUGGACAGACUGAAGACAGUUGAACUAGUCUGAAAUCCAUGUCAAUGUGUCCUGAAGAUGUGCCCAGGUUUGCUUGGGGAUAGAGGUUAUCUUCAUUAUGUUUUGGUUUCAAGACCAAAGGUCUCUAGCAGACUUGGCAAGAUUAUCAUUCAAACGGAGAAUGGUAAAAUUAUAGGGCACAGGGAGAAAAGUUCCCAACCCAAAGAGUAAAGGUAACAUACCAUCCUCUUUGUACCCCUUUAAUUUUUCUUUGAAAUAAAAUCCCAUUCUCUGAAA